AACAAAACAAAACAAAAACAAUUUUUCUGUCGUCUUCUUCUUCUUCUCCCUGCUUCAAUCUUCAACAAUUUCGUCUCCCUUCCAUAAACCCUAAUAUUUGAGCAACAAAACUAAUUGUAAUUAUGCAGACUAAUUCAGCUAUAUUCAAUGCAAAACCUGUAUUAUUUGCUCCAGUCCCAAUUAUCAAGUCAGUUAACACCACUGACCACAACCCUUCAUCAUCAUUAGCAUCAUCUCCAAGUUCUUUAUUAUUCCCAGCUCAUAAUCAGAAUUGGGCUCACCGGAAGAAGGCCACCAUCACCUCCCGUUCGGAUAAACAUCGCUGGAGUCGCACCCACCUUAUCUCCCCCAAGAAUGCAUUGAAAAGAUUUCCUUGUGCCCCAACGAGCUUAUUGGAUGGGAGUAAAUGUAUUUCUUGCUUCCAUUAUCCACAUCAGAAAAGGGUUGGUGGUCAUAGAUUCAGAACUGGAGCGUUCUUUGAUAAAUCUGCAUCUCAUAUCUUGAAGCAGAACGUUGAUAAUUCCCUUGCAGGCAAGGUGAAACAACUAAAUGUUCCACGUGCAACUCUUGGUCCAGAAGAGCCGCAUGCUGCAAGCACAACGUGGCCAGAUGGUGUUCUAGAGAAACAGGGUCUUGAUUUAUAUGAUCCUGAACUUGAAAGAUCAGAGUUUGAGCGUUUUUUGAGCUCAGAACUACCAUCUCAUCCAAAACUUCACAGAGGACAAUUAAAGAAUGGUCUCCGAUACCUCAUUUUACCAAACAAGGUUCCUCCAAGCAGGUUUGAGGCACACAUGGAAGUUCAUGUUGGUUCAAUUGAUGAGGAAGAGGAUGAGCAAGGUAUUGCGCACAUGAUUGAACAUGUUGCAUUCCUUGGAAGUAAGAAGAGAGAGAAACUUCUUGGAACUGGGGCAAGAUCCAACGCAUAUACUGAUUUCCAUCACACUGUGUUUCAUAUCCAUUCGCCAACCAGAACUAAGGAUUCUGAUGAUGAACUACUGCCAGUUGUUCUUGAUGCCCUUAAUGAGAUUGCUUUUCACCCAAAGUUUCUGGCUUCUCGAGUUGAAAAAGAAAGACGGGCAAUUUUAUCAGAACUACAAAUGAUGAACACCAUAGAAUAUCGCGUUGAUUGUCAGUUGUUACAAUAUUUGCACUCUGAGAACAAGCUAAGUAAAAGAUUCCCGAUUGGAUUGGAAGAGCAGAUUAAGAAAUGGGAUGCUGAUAAGAUUAGGAAGUUCCAUGAACGUUGGUACUUUCCUGGAAAUGCCACCUUAUACGUUGUGGGGGAUAUUGAUAACAUUCCAAAGGCAGUUCAGCAUAUUGAAAGUGUUUUUGGUCAGACUGGUGUGGAAAGUGAAACAGUUGUUCCUCCUACACCAAGUACUUUUGGUGCAAUGGCUAGUUUAUUAGUGCCUAAGCUAACUGUUGGGUUGGCUGGUAGUCUAGCUCAUGACAAGUCAUCUGGUUCUGUGGAGCAAUCAAAGAUCUUUAGAAGGGAAAGGCAUGCAGUUCGUCCUCCUGUCCAGCAUAACUGGUCACUUCCUGGGAGCAAUGAUGCUUUGAAGCCACCACAGAUAUUUCAGCAUGAGUUGCUUCAGAAUUUCUCAAUUAAUAUGUUUUGCAAGAUCCCUGUGAACAAGGUUCAAAGUUUUGGUGAUUUGCGUAAUGUGCUGAUGAAGAGGAUAUUUCUCUCUGCUCUGCAUUUUCGUAUUAAUACCAGAUACAAGAGUUCAAAUCCACCAUUUACUUCGGUUGAGUUGGAUCAUAGUGAUUCUGGAAGGGAAGGUUGCACAGUGACCACACUUACAGUGACUGCUGAACCUAAAAACUGGCAGAGUGCAAUUAAAGUUGCUGUUCAGGAGGUCCGUAGACUUAAAAAAUUUGGUGUAACAAAAGGUGAAUUGACCCGUUAUUUGGAUGCACUGCUGAAAGAUAGUGAGCAGUUGGCUGCUAUGAUUGACAACGUUUCAUCUGUGGAUAAUCUGGAUUUCAUCAUGGAGAGUGAUGCUCUAGGCCAUAGAGUGAUGGAUCAAAGACAAGGACAUGAGAGUUUGGUUGCUGUUGCUGGAACCAUUACUCUUGAGGAGGUUAAUGCUGUUGGUGCAAAAGUGUUGGAAUUCAUAUCGGAUUUUGGAAAACCUUCUGCACCCCUUCCUGCAGCAAUUGUUGCUUGUGUUCCAAUGAAGGUACACAUGGAUGGACUGGGUGAAACUGACUUCAAGAUAACCCCAACAGAGAUAACUGCUGCUAUUGAAGCAGGUUUAAAGGAACCCGUAGAGGCUGAGCCAGAGCUUGAGGUGCCAAAAGAGUUAAUAACAACAAAACAGCUGCAAGAAUUGAUGUUGCUGCGUAGGCCUUCAUUUCUUUCUGUUGGACCAGAUGUAAAUCAGACUAAAGUCUAUGAUGCAGAAACAGGAAUCAUGCAGCGGAGACUUUCCAAUGGAAUUCCUGUGAAUUACAAGAUAUCAAAAAGUGAAGCAAAGUGUGGCGUCAUGAGGCUUAUAGUUGGUGGUGGACGAGCUGCUGAAGAUUUGGAGAAGAAGGGAGCUGUCAUAGUGGGGGUUCGAACUCUGAGUGAGGGUGGUCGUGUUGGUAGCUUUUCACGAGAACAGGUGGAACUUUUCUGUGUAAACCACCUUAUAAAUUGCUCACUGGAGUCAACUGAAGAAUUCAUUUGUAUGGAAUUUCGUUUUACCUUAAGAGACAAUGGGAUGCGUGCUGCUUUCCAAUUACUUCAUAUGGUACUUGAGCAUAGUGUCUGGCUAGAUGAUGCGUUUGAUAGGGCAAGACAGUUGUAUUUGUCAUAUUAUCGCUCUAUUCCAAAAAGUUUGGAACGUUCAACUGCGCACAAACUCAUGUUGGCAAUGCUGAAUGGAGAUGAACGCUUUGUUGAACCCACGCCUCAUUCCCUGCAAAACUUAACAUUGGAAGGUGUACAAGAUGCAGUGAUGAGUCAAUUUGUUUGUGAUAACAUGGAGGUGAGUAUCGUUGGUGACUUUUCAGAGGAUGAAAUUGAGUCAUGUAUCCUUGAUUACUUGGGUACUGUUGAAGCAACAAAAGGUCUAGAGAGAGCACAGAGUUACAGGCCUAUCACAUUCAGACCCCCAGCUGCUGAUUUACAACAUCAACAAGUAUUUCUCAAGGACACUGAUGAGAGGGCAUGUGCUUAUAUUGCGGGUCCUGCCCCAAAUCGCUGGGGUUUUACUUUUGAGGGGCAAGACCUUUUUGAAGCUAUUGAUGAUGGGAUUCCUACCCAUGAAGGUGCGAAUGAACAGUUGAAACUGGAGGACCAACUUAUGGCGUCACAGAGAAGUGGAGAGGAAUUGCAACAAGGAUUUCGCAGACACCCACUAUUUUUUGCCAUUACAAUGGGCAUAUUGGCAGAAGUCAUAAAUUCGAGGCUUUUUACAACUGUUAGGGAUUCCCUUGGAUUGACAUAUGAUGUAUCAUUUGAAUUGAACCUGUUUGACCGGCUGAAUCUUGGUUGGUAUGUGAUCUCAGUAACAUCAACUCCUGGCAAGGUUCAUAAAGCUGUUGAUGCUUGCAAAAAUGUCCUAAGAGGUCUGCAUACUAAUAGGAUUACUCCAAGGGAGUUGGAUAGGGCAAAACGAACUCUGCUGAUGAGACAUGAAGCUGAAAUCAAAUCAAAUGCUUAUUGGCUAGGGUUGUUAGCUCACUUGCAAGCAACUUCUGUACCCAGGAAGGACAUCACUUGUAUCAAGGAUCUCACAUCGUUUUAUGAAACUGCCAACAUUGAAGACAUAUACCUGGCAUAUGAACAAUUGAAGAUAGAUGAGAAUUCCUUGUUUUCUUGUAUUGGAGUUGCUGGUGCUCAGGCUGGAGAAGGAGUUUCGGAUCUAUUACAAGAGGAAGACUCAGUUGAGGGUCUUCAGACUGUAAUUCCUUUGGGACGUGGCUCAUCAACAAUGACCAGGCCGACAACGUAAAAAUCAAGAGCCUGAACGUGCUGGAGUUUUUGCAUUAAAGAGCUCGCGGGCAUCAUGCUGCUUCUCUGGAGGAUUUGUGCGAUCUUGUCGAAUUAUUACAAUGUGGAUGAUUGAACACCGCUUUGAGGUGGACAUUGAUGCGGCAGCAUUAUUACCGAUGACAUAUGGCAAGUACCUGAAUCUGGGCUCGUGUUAACUGACGGGGUCUUUUAGAGCUCCCAGAGUCUCUCCUUGAUGGUAGCACUCAAAUGUCAUUAGGUUUAUGAUUAAUAUACACCAUCCAUUUUUUUGGUAAUAUAGAUAAUGCAAUUCUUAUUGAUGUAAACAUUUUACCACGUACAUUGUAGACAAUCUCUCCGCCAAAGCCUCAGAAUUGUUGUACCAUUAAACAGCCCAGUUUUGUAUCGCCAGUUAUACAUAUACAUUGACUUAGUAAUGGAAAAGCUGUUCUUGUGUAUUAUCACAAAGGUUUGCCUAUGCAAGCUUUCCCCGUGUAUUAGCAUCAAAGGCUUGCCUAAGGGGUAAUUUUAUGGACUCAA